CCUAGAAAAUUAUUGGGUUAGCUUGUUUUAUUUUAUUGUAUGAAAAGACUGGUUUGCCAAUCCAGAAUGCAAAUCAUUCUUAUCUCUUAAAGUCUACACGGGUGAUAUGCGAAGAGGCUCAGAACUUAGUCUUACCAAGUAGCAUAAAAGAACUGUAUUAACUUAUACUUCUAGAUUAAAAAUGGCAUAUCAAGGAGGUACUGGCUAUGGUUAUGGUGGAAUCACUAUGCCAAUGCCAUAUGGUCAACAACAGCAACAAAGCAUGUCUACACCCUAUCCAACUACCUCUACAUCUACACCAUACCCAACUUCAUCGUCCACACCAUAUCCAUCUAACACCAUACAACAACAUCCAAUGAUUAACACAAAUGAAAUAGACAUGUGGAUGGAUCAGCUUGUAGCAAACUUGACAGCUUUAAUGAAAGAUGCAACCAAAACAGAACUGGAUGAUAUUGUGAACAACGAAGAUAAGAUCAAUGAAUUAGUUCAAGAUGCAGAACAGACAAAAAAGCUGCUAAGAAAGAGAGAUGAGUUAAUUACAUCGAAUAAGGACCAAGCAGUUACUAACAUGUCUCUUGAACCAGAGAUUAAGUUAUUAAAGGACAACAUUGUGGAACUAGCAAGUCAACAAAACGAAUUAAAAGAUAAACAUGUCCAACUGCAACAACGAUUGGCUGGUAAAAUAUCAUUAGAUGGCGUACUGGCCAUACUGCAAGCUGCUGCAGCUGAAAAAGAAACAGAAUCUGAAAACAUUUCUCAGGCCUUCGUUGAGGGCGACAAAACAAUCGAGCAGUUCGUUGAACAAUUUAUACCAGAGCGCAAGACUUACCAACUACGCAAGGUGAAAUCUGAGAAAAUGACUCAACUCUUACAAAGUGGUGCUAUAAGUGUAAACAGAUCAUCUGGCGUUAUGACAGGUGGCAUGCCAAGACCAACGCCGGCGCCAAGACAACGCGUGCAACCCCUACAAUCCGGUUAUAGUGGUUAUGGUGGCUACUAACACUCCGUAACGCAAAACAUUAGAAAACCUUUUGAAAAUACUAAUGCCCUUAUGAAUUCGGCAAAUCGUCAUGAAGCUAUGCAAUGUGUUUUGAAGUUAUGAACAAUAAACAUUAGUUUCGAAUGCGCAAAAUGUAACGUAAUGUUUUUUAUUUAAAAUUUACACGUUUCACAUUUACUUUUAAAUUAACUUUUACUAUUCUUAUCCUGUUGGUUAACAGUCAGCGCUGUGGUUGUGAAUUAUCUGCACAAGAAUUUGGCGAUUGUUACAGUCUAAGAUAUGUUAUCGUUGAAGCUUACCUUUCUUGACAAAAUAAGCUGAACUCAUAUGACCGAGCAUGAAAAGUUUUCUAGGAAUCUUUUUAUUUUUUCCAGAAAUACUUCAUCAGUUAAGGGCUUGAAAAUUUUUCUAAUUUUGUGAAAUUAUGACAUCAUAGAUUACGUGAAGAAUCAAUGUAGGUAUAAAGGAUAAUGAAGAUAACUUAAUAUUAAUAUUCAUGUAGAUGUGCUCCAAAAUCAAACUGAAUGACUGAAAGCAUAUUUGCAUUACAAUAUGCUUCGAUUAACCAUUGAAUCAGCACAAGAUCUAUAUCAAAUCGAGAUUUCAUGAAAAAUUAGCGAUACUUUGUAAGUUAAAUAUCUCGAGAACCGGUAAGGAUUUUUUGAAAAAAAAAGUUUUCUAGACAACUUUUCAAUCUCUUUUAAAUAAGCUCAACUUGUUUAAAGUUUGCGUUUUCACAUUCGAGUCUUUUUAAUAUCGACUUUAUUAAAAAUUUUAGUUAUUUAUUCAAUAGUGUUUUAGUUUACACGACUUUAUUAAGUAUCACCUAAUUAACACCAUGAUCUGGAACUUUAAAAUGUACCAACACUGAGACUGGCCUGGGAAAACCCAUUGUUUAUAAAAAAAGUGUUCAAUUUUUAUGUCAA